CCAUAUUUUCGGGCGUUGUCAAAGCGAUUCCCCGAAUUGCAACAGGAACUCGCGACAAUGCUUAUCCCCAAGGACGACCGCAAGAAGAUCCACGAGUACCUCUUCCGUGAGGGUGUGCUCGUGGCCAAGAAGGACUACAACCUUCCCAAGCACGCUGACAUUGACACCAAGAACCUCUAUGUCAUCAAGGCCCUCCAGUCCCUGGACUCCCGCGGCUUCGUCAAGACCCAGUUCUCGUGGCAGUACUACUACUACACCCUCACCCCCGAGGGUCUGGACUACCUCCCAGCGUUCCCACGCUCCCCCCGCGGCAUGAUGGGUGGUGAGGAGCAGCGCGGUGAGCGUCGCGGUCCCCGCGCUCCCCGUGAGGGCGGUUACCGCCGCCGCGAGGAGGGUGGCAAGGAGGGCGGUGCCCCCGGCGAGUUCGCUCCCUCUUUCCGUGGUGGCUUCGGCCGUGGCCGCGGUGCCGCUCCCCAGCAGUAA